AUCGCAUUUCAUUACGCGUGCGCGGAGUGUUCUUUCUUUUGCUGAAGUCGACGAGAAGGUCGCAAAGAUGCCUGUGAGUCGCCUCAGAAAAUUACGUUUUAUUCUGUUGUUUGACGAUUUUUUACUGUAACUUUGAUAUAGAUGAACGUGUUGUGUUGUCGUUUAGUAUAAUGUGUGAAAUUUAGACGAAUUUCGGUUGUGUAUUUGUUUUUAUUCAAUUUUUGCCCCAACACGUUUGAACACAGAUUCUCGGUCACAUGGUGAUUAAAUUUGUGAUGAACUGGAUAUACAUCGAAUAACAGUUGUCUACGUUUUACAGAUUUUUUAUAUAUUAUUUAAUGUUUUUUCAUUGAAGUUCUUCAGCUUAAAUUAAUUAGUUUCAGUUUUUGCUAAUCGGUGCCAUUUUGCUGACGGUCAAUUUUGCACAAAAUGAUCAAAUCUAUAGCAAAAAUAGCUCGAUUUAAUAAUACAUGCUAAGAUUUGUCAGACCAAUUUCAGGUUUAAUUCAAUGUUACAAUAUGAAUGUGUCUGAUAAUAUUACGAUCCAAGCAGUUAUUUAUAUUGGGUCAUUCCAGAAAACAUCCAUACCACCCCCACGGAGGAAAUUGGAUGUCCUAAUACAUUUACUAUUAUCAGAAACAAUUUUGUCCCCCCUCCGGACGGCAGAAAUUUCCUCUGUGGGGGGAGUGUGGAUCUUUUCUGGAACGAUCCAUUUUAACAAGUUUUAAGGUCGAUUUACCUCGUUGGUAGGAUGCAACUACCUGAAAAAUACCAAGUGAAAUUUGACGUUUCGAGCGAAGGCCCUUCGUGGGGAGGUGGCUUAUAACUUCCAGACGGGCCUUUGCUUGAAACAUUGAAUUUCGCCUUGUAUUUUUCAGGUAGGUGCAUCCCUACCAACGAAAGCUUGUUAUUAUUGGCACUACCUGCACUGGUACAGACUGUUCAUGAUUUACAGCACACAACUUCGCAUGCAACCUGCUUACAACUGGAGUUGUACUUUGUAAAUCAAGUGCACAACUCGCUUGUAACAUUGCUGUAAGCAGGUUGCACGCGUCAGUCUUGGGCAAAAGUUAUGUGGUGUAAAUUGGCCUUUGCAAUGCUCAACAAAACCUGAAAUUAGCCUGACAAAUAUUUGUAGUAGGGAAUUGAAGACAGGGUUCGAAUUAGUGGCUUGCUAUUUGCAAACGCAAAAUCAUCCAUUGUAAAUGAAGAAUAUGGCUACAAUUUUGCUACGAAACGGCCGCCAUUUUGUUUUUCGCAAGCAGUGUUAACACUUUUCAAAACUGAAAUUUCCUUCAAAUUUUCAGGAAUGAAAUUUGCAAAAUCGACUCUUCCUGUCUAAUUCGAACCCUGCUUUAUAUGUGCUCAUCGCCUACUAUUUUGCAAACUAAACCUUGGAAAGGAUAAAGAAUGAGUGCAUUAAUGUCUGGUUCGAUUGGUGUCAUUAGAAUUCAGAGGAUAAAUUGGCUACUCGCACUCUGCAAUUUAUGAAGCAUUUCGUAGAUUUUCUAAAGUAAAAUUUGUAUGCAAAGCAAAUGCAAAGCAGGCCUCGAAUUUCCCUGAAAUCAAUCGACAGCAAUGGCGUUAUAAAUUGCCGUAAUUUUCAAAUUACUGUAAUAAGAAUUUAAUUUUAUUGUUACUUUGGAUUUUUGACAAGCUAAGAACAUGCCUACGUAUUUCUUUAGUGUUUUUUUUUCGAAGAAAACUGAGACUAAAAUAGUGAUUUACGCAUGAUUUGAUCAACAUCUGAAUUCAAGUAUCAAAGUAGUAAUGUACAGUGAAUAGUAUAAAAUUGCACUAUACGGCAAAAAGUUGCUGUCGUUUCCGCAAUGAUCCACAGCAUUUUGUUUUCCCUCUACGGCAAUUGCUGCGAUAAAAUUCGAGCCCUGAUGCAAAGCAAUUUGUAACAGUUACUGUAACAUGCUCUUUCUGUCGUACAUUUGCUGCACACAUGUUUAUUUUGUUCUGCAAACUCGUCAUUCUAUCAUUACAAAAGAACAGUAACUGGGAAUAGCAUUUGACUUGUCUUUCGAUAAUUCUGUCAUUAUUGUUUCUACUUAACAUUGAACAACAUUGAAAAUUUCCGGCCCAUCUACACGAUAUGACUAGUCGUAUACGAUUCUUAUCCUGGCAUAUGUAUUCGAAUAAAUGUGUGUAAAGAUGUCACAUUUUAAACUUUGCCAUAAACUGAUGAACAGAAAUAGUGGCUUCAGCAAUCGUUUUCAUGCGCCAGGAUAAGAAUUGUAUAUGACUAGUCGUAUCGUGUAGAUGGACCUUUAAGUCAACCAAUCCUUAAUCAAGAAUUAAUGUAAACUUAAACCUUUUUCAGAUAUUAGAACCAUUGGGAAAUUAUUGGUUAUUCAAUACCUAAUGUCUUACAGAUUUUGUUAGUAAUUUGAAAUGCACCUGUUUAAAUAUUAAACAAACAAACAAACAAUCUUAAUACACUCAUAAUAAUUUUAUAGUUAUACAAAGAUUUGCUUCACCCAACUGCGGAGGAAGAGAAAAGGAAACACAAAUUAAAAAGGCUUGUACAGUCGCCUAACUCGUACUUCAUGGAUGUGAAGUGCCCAGGUACCUAAUCAAAAUUUUCUUUUUGGUGAAGGGCUAUUUAUAUGAAAACUAAGCUGGCAUGGCUUCCACACAAAUCCAGUAAGACUAACUCUGGGAAGUAGUUCUCACGUUUUGUGAAGUAAAAUUCAUAUGAAAACUGGUUUUGUAAUAUGGUUGAAAUUUUUUCUAAAUAUUCACAGAAUUUGCAAAUGGCUGCCAUUUUGUCAAUGUUUCUACUUCAAAAGAUUUUGUGACAUUUCCUUAAAAUUAUGAAAAAAAUUGUGAAUCGAUUUUUUGUCUAAUUCACACCCUGACUAACCAUUGUCAUGUUGAAAGUAGCCUCAAUGUUUUUUAGAGUGGAGCAAAGGAGUGCAGUACAAUGCAGUACUUGUUUUUGCAGUUUAUCUGUUCACCAAAAUUUCUUCAAGAAAAAUUGAUGUUCAGUAUUUUGAAAUGUUUUAGGUUGCUAUAAGAUAACCACAGUAUUUAGUCAUGCCCAGACAGUUGUCCUGUGUGUCAGUUGCUCGACUGUUUUGUGUCAACCUACUGGAGGCAGAGCAAGAUUGACAGAAGGUGGGUAUUUAGCUUUCCAUUGGCUGCAAGGAUGGGAUUUUAUUCCAGGGCGAUUGUAUUAGUUUUGACCUUCAGACCUUAUCAACUUAUCCCCCAAAAGACAGAUAAUUUGUCAAGAAGAGCUACCAUUUGUGUUCAACCUCGAGGCUUGACGAUUUUAUCACAUACGUUUAUGUUUCAAACGUUACACAUUUGAACGCCAAACGUGUCAGGCUUAGUAAUGUAAUGCACGUUGUGUGCAUAAAAAUUACUGGACAAUUUUGUUCAUGUGCAUGCCAGAAAUUUUCCAUAUUUUUAAUGUUACUCUCGUAAUAUUGCAAGUUAAAAUGAAAGAUAUACGUAAAGAUAAAAAACAUAUUCAUACUUCGCUACAAAAGUGGGGAAAUCUAAGUUUUUUAAAAAUGUUGUAACUUUACUGGUUAAAGGUGCACAUCUUGUCAGCAAAUGUUCACAUUUGAAACGUAUACAAACGCGGUAAAAUGAAUAAAUCUUCAUGGUUGAAUGCAAGUGGAAUAUCUGAAAGUCCCCCCCCCUCGCUAGAGAAAUCUGCACCCCAAAAAUGUAAAUGCUCAUUGGAUUGAAUGACAGUAGUAUGAUUGAAAUAAGGAUUUUGAACUAAAUAAGAUAAGUAGCGAUUGUACUUCUCGCACCCCUGCUGCAGCUCCUCAGUGAUACUAUUUUCCCCUCGCUCACCUCCCCCCUGGAAUUUUCGGCAUCAGGGAGCAAAAUCUUAAAAUCCAUCUAUGAUUAAUUGUGCCAUAAAUAACAAAAUUUUUAGAAAUCACUCUCAAAAUUACAUUACAAAAAUUACAAAUCCUGGAAAGUCCUUGAAUUGGAAAAAAAUUCCAGGACUGAAAAAGUCCUUGAAAAUCAGUAGACGUCCUUGAAAGUCCUGGAAUUAAUUUCCUUAACCUCUAGCUGUGCCAACAUUAGUGAUUUUGAUUAAAAUUACUGAAUAAAGCAAAUUAUUUUCAAAGAUUUUUCCCAGUUCUAGGUCCUUGAAUUUACUGAAAAAGGGCCUUGAAAGUCCUGGAAAAGUCCUUGAAAAUCACCUUCACCAGAUGGUGGACACCCUGUUGUCAUUAAUGUCAAAACAUUCCAGGUUGCAUGCAUUAGCUAUUUUUUUAAUUUUGUUUUUCUAUUUCUUUCAGGCUGUUCAUUCAGGAGGAAACAACAGUAAAUAGUCAUUUAAUAGAAUGUGUGAUGUUUAUAUUGUAAUAAAACAUUAAUCACCAUCA